AUGGCGCGCAACUCUGAAAAAGCGCACUCGAUGCUCUUCCGCUUCCGCGCCGCGCAAGCCGCCGAAGCCGGUAUCAUCGACAUCUCACGAACCCGACGGCCGAAAAUGAUAACACAGGUCACGUCGAUUCCUGUAUGCGAGAAAUGGCGCGGCCAAGUGCUCAAGGAGAUAUCGCGCAAGGUGACCAAGAUCCAAGACGAAGCCCUGUCCGACUACCAAAUCCGCGACCUCAACGACGAAAUCAACAAACUGAUGCGCGAAAAACACAUGUGGGAGAGUCAGAUACGCAAUUUGGGUGGGCCGAAUUACAUGCGUGGCGGCAGGGUGCUGGAUGAGGAGGGCAGAGAGGUACCGGGGGGUGGCAAGGGGUAUCGGUAUUUUGGCCGCGCAAAGGAAUUACCCGGUGUCAAGGAGUUGUUUGAGCGGCAGGCGCGGCCAGAGGAUGACAUGGACAAGGGGAGGGAGAAGAGGAGUGAGUUGCGGCAGAAGGUGGACGCGGGUUACUAUGGCUACAAUCUCGAUGAGGAGGAUGGCACGUUGCUUGCGUAUGAAAAGGAGAAGGAACAGGCGGCUUGGAACGAGUUCAUGGCGUUGCCAGAUGACUUGGGCGACAAGCCGAGUAAGACCCAGAAGGAGUGGAUGGAGCUGCCAGGCGACGAAGGGGAUGGGGCCAGGUGGAAGGUACCCACGCUAGACGAGGUCAAUCAAGAACUGGUCGAAAGGAGGAGAAGGAAGUUGCUCGAGAAACUGGGAUGA